AUGCCAAAAUCCAAACGUGAUAAGAAAAUAUCCCUGACGAAAACUGACAAAAAGGGUUUAGCAUUAAAACAACAAAUAGUAAACGACAUAAGAUCAUGCGUUGAAAAAUACUCUAGAAUAUUCUUAUUUUCCGUAAAAAAUAUGAGAAAUAUUCAAUUAAAAGAAUUAAGAGCAGAAUGGAAUCAUUCAAGGUUUUUCUUUGGAAAAAAUAAAAUAAUGGCACUAGGUCUUGGAAGAAGUGAGCAAGAUGAAGUGGAGGAUAAUUUACAUAAACUCUCUUCAAAUCUACAAGGACAAUGUGGUUUAUUAUUUACUGAAAAAUCGAAGGAGGAAGUUGUUUCUUGGUUUAGUACUUUCAGUACACAAGAAUAUGCAAGAUCUGGUUUUGUUGCUAAUGAAACAAUUAUAUUGCCAGAAGGACCCAUGGAACAAUUUCCACAUUCCAUAGAGCCUCAUCUGAGGCAGCUUGGUCUACCUACAAGCUUACAGAGGGGAGUAGUUACACUUUUAAAAGAGCACGAGGUGUGCCGAAAGGGAGCUGUUUUAACACCAGAACAAGCAAGAAUAUUAAAACUAAUUAACAGACCUUUGGCGGAAUUUAAACUUCAAAUAAAAUGUGUCUGGUCGAAAAAUGAAGGGUUUGAAAUGUUAUGUGAGGAAAGUGUGGAAGCUGAAGAAGAAAUGAUGGAUGAAGACGAUGAUUAAUUAAUAUUUUUGUAAGCCAUUAAAAUAUAUUAUAAAG